AUGGGUAAAGACGAUUUAUCCAACAAGAAGCGACGCAAAUUAAAUACAACAACAUCUACCGAAAAUACUAAACAGUCUCCAACGGAUAUUUACAAGAAAGUAGUUGAAUUUGAGGAAACAGAAGCACAAUCACGUUCUGCAGACAAAGAUGCAGUUUUGUUUAAAAAGAUAUGCCAAGAUGUCCGUCAACUCUUUGCAGAUAUUGCUGAAUUAAAAGUCAAAGGAACAGAAGAGGCUAAGGAAAAAAUUGCAGCAAAAAGGAUUGAAGCCUCAUUACACUUGGUUGCAUUGAAAAAGCUCAAUCGUUUGGAAAAAGUUCGUACAAGAGCUGGACGUGAUGCCUUACACAAAGAAAAGCAAAGAGUGGAUUCUACUCAUUUACUAUUACAAAACUUGUUGUACGAAGCUGAUCAUCUUAAUAAGGAAGUGACAAAAUGUUUGCAGUUUAAAUCCAAAGAUGAGGAAAUUGAAUUGAUACCACUGGAAGAUUUUUAUAAAGAUGCACCAAGUGAAAUUUCACGACCUGAAAUAACAAAGAUGAAUGAACAUCAACUACAGUUAGCCAGGCUUGAGUGGGAGUUGCGACAACGUAGAGAGCUGGCGGGAGCAUGCAGCGAGCUGGUGGCCUCAAAAGAACGUGUGGCCGCUGCUAUAGCUGCUGCACGCUCUAGAUUAGAUGCUUUGGCACCACAUCUGAGGGAUGUUUUAAAGGCCACGAAACCUCUUCAAGAAUGUUUAGCUUUAAGACUAGAUGAAAAGCGAGAUGAAACUAGAGCUGCAACACUUCUUCCACCACCAUUAUUUCUACUGUAUGCCAAUGCCAGUGCAUAUUCAGAUGCUCUUGGUGUAAAAAACAUAAUUGUUGGUAUAUCUGGAGAUGAAGAUGAAGCCAAAAGACUUGAGCAAUUAUCAAAUGUUGAGAGUGAGCUAGUUGUUUCAAAUGAUUCAGACUCUGAUCAGGAGAAUAAUGAUGAAGAUCAAACUGAAACUAAAAAGAAGAGACAUCACAGGUCAACAAAAAUAUCUAAAGAAGAGAAGGCAGAAGCUAAGAAGAAGGAAGUUCUAAAAAAACAUCCAUUGAAUGUUCAAGUGACUAUCAAAAAUAAUGAUGGCACAGCAUUUAAUUUAAUUUUUUCAUACAUGUUCCAUCUUAAAAUUGUUGUGGUUAAAUUUACAAUGAAUUUUUCAAAACCUGUUACUGGUGUGUCUGCUGCAGAUGUUUUAAGCGGUGAUUGUAUUUUAAAUGAAUUGUAUAUUGGUGACACUGGUAAUGACUCACCCCAUCCAGCAACUGCUUAUUUGCUAAAUGCUGCAGGCAUAUCAGAAAAGUUUCAACAUUUCAUUCCUGAAGUUGGUAAGCCAUAUAUAUGGGCACAGAGAAUGUGUGGCUUAGAUUUUAUGGUUGUAGAGACUGACACAAAGAAAUAUAAUAAAAAUUUACAGCCUUGUCAGAGUCUUAGUGUAGCAAGUGUUGAGAGUUUCAUAUUCACUUUAAAGAAAAGACUUAAAGCAAGGAUUGAUUUGAUGAAAGAAUUGCAAGAUUUAGAGUGUGGAAAAAUUCUUCCUGCCAAAGGAUCUGAAAAAGCUUGUCCUGUGAGGUUAUCUGGUUCCUUGACUCAAUGGCAAACUGUGGGGUGGCAGGAAUAUAGCCAAGCCUCUUCAACAUUAUUUUUCAUAUCUGAAGGAUUAGUAACUGCUGACAACAUGUUGUAUCGUGCAAUUAUCACAAGACAAUCUGCUAAACUUGUUGCAAUGGUGGCAAUAAGUUGUGAUUAUCCAAAGCAGGCUCCUCUCUUUUCUUUAACUUUACACUGGAAUGGGACCCAUCAUGCUGGCACUAGUGAUGACAUUAGGGAUAUUGAACGAGUUAUUAAUACCGAUUGGCAAAGUACAGAAACAAGACAGUCUUCCUUGUCCUCACAAAUAUUGAAAUUAUUAAUUUGUUUGGACAUUCUGUUAGAAACUACAGGCUCCUCAGAAUUUCCUCCUGAUAAAGUAAUGCUACAAUCCAUUCGAGGGCGAAAUAGGAUGAAGCCAUACAAAUUUUUGAAUCAAGGUGCUGGGGUUUUCGUUCAGUAUUAAAAAACUCCCUUGAACAAACUUGAAUGUGAAUAAACAAUAUUUGACUAUUGCCGUCUUAUUACUAAUCUACUAUCAAUGAUCGUGUUAGUGGUGUUAAAAAUAAAUAUUAAAACAAAUAAUAUACUA